AUGGGCGAGUUGAUGCGCAUCGUGGAAUGGUUCUACGCUCUUGAAGAAUUUUACGCGGACCGUACGGCUCAAAGGCUAACGAACUCAACUACAAGCCUCCCGACGAUCACACCUCAGCUGCCAGCACCAGUCACAACGCAUCAGCCUCAGCCAAAGAAACUUGUCCACAACAUCAAGGAAGGAAAGAAGUGCCAGCUAAAGGAAAUCAUGAGGCAACUAUGGUUCGAAUGGCCAACAGGAAAGCUGGGCACAGACACUGGCCAACCAGAUCAGAACCCACGAAAGAAGUGCUCAUGCCACAAUGAGCUCGGUCAUUACACAACGGCAUACGCACCAUACAAAGAACUAUUGGAGCGUCUGGCACCGCAAGGCCAUCUCGAUCAGUACAUCAUUCGAACCAAAACACCCACCCGUCCACCUGCUGGCAAUCCUAACCCAAAUGAACCACAGCCGACGAUACACGUUAUUCACGGCCCCGUGACAAAGGAAUCUGAAUCCAAUCUUCGGGCCGACCUCAAUCGCGCAUCCACUUCCAAGCAGGUACUCGCAGUAGGACCUAGAUCCAAACGUCCACGACCAAAAGAGUUACCCAAAUGGACAAUAACUUUUACCCAGCGCGAUCUCGAACAUGUGCAAACACCACACUCCGACGCCCUCGUCAUAACUGUCCAAAUUGGAGUACAUGACGUCAAGCGCGUUCUAAUCGAUCAGGGAAGCUCGGCGGAGGUCAUGUACUAUGACUUGUUCAAAAAGCUUGAUCUCCCGAAGUCGGCUUUGCAACCCGCCGAAGUAUCCCUCAUCGGAUUUAACGGAGCACCCGUUUGGCCACUUGGUCGAAUCUUCCUGCCAGUCAUCGUUGGCUCGAAAACAUUGAGCGUCGAAUUCAUCGUCAUCAACGUACCUAGCCCAUACAACGCAAUUCUUGGCUGA